UAAUUAACUUAUUGCAUGCACUAUCAAGAGAGCAGAGCUACUUUCACAAGGCAGAUGCAUGAGACCGCAGGAAUGGCGAACAGCCGUCGAACCUUUUCUGAUGUGAGGAAUAAGAUCCUGUCGGCUCAUAAAAACACAGGAGCCCAGGAUAAGGUUGGCUUCUAUGAUAUCUGGGCUGAGAACUAUGAGCAGGAUGUAGCGCUACUGGAUUACCGUGCCCCUUUGUUAGCGGCUGAGUGUGUGAGCUCAUUUUUCACAGGUGACAGAGAGAAGGCCACUGUCCUGGAUGUGGCCUGUGGAACAGGCCUGGUCUCUGCACAUUUAAAGAAAAUGGGGUUCCAUCACUUUGUUGGAGUAGAUGGAAGUAUGACGAUGCUGGAGUUGGCAAAGAAAACUGGACUUUAUCAGGAACUUAAGCAGUGCCUGCUUGGUCAUGAUGAAAUUUCAGUUGAAGCUGAAAUAUAUGAUAUUGUUAUAAUUGUUGGAGCUCUAAGUGUUGGGCAUGUGCCUUUUACAGUCAUCAGAGAGCUCUGCGAUGUUACAAAACCAGGCGGCUAUGUGUGCAUGACUACUAGAGGGAACGCUGAUAACUGGCAGUACAAGGCUGAGCUGGAGAAAAUGAUCAGAGCACUUGAGGAAGAGCAGAAAUGGAGCCGUGUGACUGUUGUUCAGGUGGAGGAAUGGGAGAGAGCUGUUUCAGAAGAGGGCAGUGGGUACAUUCCUGGUGUCAUUUAUCUGUAUCAGAAAAGUUUAUAAGGUCACACAAGGGCAACCCAGUGCUAGACCAAAUCUGCACAGUAAUCCACACACAGCUAUUGUACUACAGAAUUCUUAUUCCACCAGCAGGUGGCAGCAUUUUUUUAUAAAUAAUAAAUUGUUUGAAUAGUGCUUUUGUUCCCCAGAGAAGCACCUGGAACGAAGAGAAAUGCCAAAAACAUGAUCCAUCUAUGUAUUUUGGCACUAAUUUUUUUCACCUGGAACUUGUACACAGACAGUGCAGUCACUUUAAGGUUUUUGUUCAAGUAAAGUCCAUGAAGCUAAAGGAUUUCGUGAGAAAAUGUCUGAGGUGUAUCGUUUCAAAUCUACCAUUCCCCAGUUACAUCUAACCUUUCAGUUUGCCACUCCUCGAUACUUCGACCGCUAGACUUUUGAAGCUGCCAUUUCCGUGACAUAAACAAAACAGAAAACACACUAUGUAGCCUACGGUUUAGAUUUUUUGAGGACACAUUCCAGUUUAAAAGGUUGUUGUUAUGGUGUUAUGAUGUUGAAAUUGCAUUAUUCUAUAUGUGCAUACGGUAUAUCAAUACCAAACAGAGACCCAUUUUAUUUUAUGUCAUUAAGACAAUAUUUCAAUCACAGAUAGAAAUAAAUUUAGGCUACAUAUGUAAGCAAAUAAACAGAUGAAAAAAC